AGCUCGCUAGGUGGUGGUGAUGCACCAAUACUUUGAGGAAAUCAGAAUAAAUAGUCACACAACCGAGUAAGAUUCUCUCUCAUCAGCACCACCUCUCAGCAUCCAUUCCCAGCAAAACGGAUUCUCCGGAAUAUUUGUUUUUACCUUGUCGACGACACACACACAGCCCAAACAGCGAUGGAUACAUCCGGGAAAGAGAAGGAGGCGAUGCAGCUGAUGGCUGAAGCCGACAAGAAGGUCAAAUCCUCCGGCUCAUUCCUGGGGGGGAUGUUCGGGGGGAGUCACCACAAAGUAGAAGAUGCAUGUGAGAUGUACGCCAGAGCAGCCAACAUGUUCAAGAUGGCCAAGAACUGGACUGCUGCUGGUAAUGCGUUCUGCCAGGGGGCCCGGCUCCACAUGCAGCUGCAGAACAAACUGGACUCAGCCACUAGCUUCGUCGACGCAGGGAACGCUUACAAGAAGGCUGAUCCUCAGGAGGCUAUCAACUGUCUAAAUGCAGCCAUCGAUAUUUACACUGACAUGGGUAGGUUUACUAUUGCAGCCAAACAUCACAUCACCAUCGCAGAGGUGUAUGAGUCUGAGCUGGUGGACAUAGAGAAAGCGAUCGCCCACUAUGAGCAGGCAGCCGAUUAUUAUAAAGGGGAGGAGUCCAACAGUUCUGCUAACAAGUGUCUGCUGAAGGUGGGCCACUACAGUGCUCAGCUGGAGCAGUAUCCGAAAGCCAUUGAGAUCUACGAGCAGGUGGCCACCAAUACCAUGGACAACCCCCUGCUGAAGUAUAAUGCCAAAGAGUACUUCUUUAAAGCCUCCCUCUGUCACUUCAUAGUGGAUGAACUCAACGCAAAGCUGGCCAUAGAGAAGUAUGAGGAGAUGUUUCCUGCUUUCGCAGACUCCAGAGAGUGCAAGCUGCUGAAGAAGUUGCUGGAUGCCCAUGAGGAGCAGAACUGUGAGGCGUUUACUGAAGCUGUUAAAGAGUUUGACUCCAUCUCUCGUCUGGACCAAUGGCUCACCACCAUGCUGCUCCGUAUCAAGAAGACCAUCCAGGGAGAUGCUGGAGAUCUCAAAUAAAGAGAGAUAGAGGGUCUCUCGAGCGGUCCUUUU